GUUCUUGGGGAUUUAAUCCCGAGGAGGGUCGAAAAAGCAGGCGACCAUGCGAGAUCCUAGUUUCCCAACGUCUUCUUUCUCUUCUCCCCUUUCCGCCCCUCAAAGGCAUUCGCGAUCGGAGACUUAAAUGGGCUUCAAAAGUCUUCUGCCAGCAAAAAAAGGACUCCGGAGAAGAGAGCGAGAGAAAGAGAGGAAAAGAGAAGAGGAGAAGAAGAAGGAGAAAGAGAAGGAAGAAACGCGCCCCCUUUGCGCCCCAGGGCCACGAAGCUGAACCCCACAACCCCUCUUUGGAAGCAGUCAAGGAGAAGGAUGCACCCCGAAGUCGGCUUUCUGAGGGAUCACUGCGAAACAAUGUACUAAGGGAACGUGAUGAAGGUGGCAUUAGAACCGGUCUCCAAACUCAAGGCAGCGACCGCAGCAGCAGCAUCAAGGGGGGGAUACCCUUUUCUCUGGACCAUUUUCUAUUUUACCUGUUUCCUAGGAUUUGCACAGGGAAGUCCUGAAGAUGUGGACGUUCUUCAGAGAUUGGGCCUGGUGGGGCCUCGGCGGCCGGGCUCGUCGUCCCGCUCCGUUCCUCAGGGAGCCAUCCCCUUCAAGUCGGGGGUCAUCCUCACCCAGCGCGCACGCAUCGAAGUGCCCACCGGGACGGUCAUCCCCGCCGCCUUCGGCACCGAUGUGGCUUUGGUCUUGAGCCUGUGCUCUCACCGAGUCAACAGUGCAUUUUUAUUCACAGUCAAGAGCAAAAGGAAGAAGCUACAACUGGGGGUGCAGCUCAUCCCUGGGAAGGUCAUCGUCUACGUAGGCCACAAGCACUCCGUGUAUUUUGAUUACAAUGUCCACGACGGACAGUGGCACAACCUGGCCCUUGACAUCCGAGGUCAAGCCGUCACUCUGUUUACCUCUUGUGGGAAGCAAAGGGUACAUGCAGAUUUGCAACACAAAAAGGACGAGACAUUGGAUCCGGCAGGGUCUUUCCUCUUAGGGAAACUCAACCAGCACUCGGUACAGUUCGAAGGCGCCCUGUGCCAAUUCGAUAUUUAUCCUUCUGCCAAGGCAGCUCAGAAUUACUGUAAGUACCUGAAAAAGCAAUGCAGGCAAGCUGAUACCUACAGGCCGAAACUUCUGCCUCUCGUCCCGCUACUGCCCAAAGACCCAGGAGCUUCUGAAAUGAUGGCGCCACUGGCGGACUUUUCCCUCCUGGGUUUGACCAACCUGACCACUGUGAUCCCCCCAUCAUCGCUCUUCAAGGCCGCCACUUCUCAGAGGAACAGGAGACUGGGGUCUCAGUCUACAACCACCGCGCCAUCAAAGACCCCAGCUCUCCCACCGACCCCGAAAGCUACACGAACCAUCGCGGCAUUCUCCCCUGUCCAGCCAGUUGCUGAAGUCCAACUGCCAGCCCAGGCUCUCCGUCGGACUGCCACAGUGGGCCAUCAGAUGUCCAAAGUAGCUCACCGGACCACCACUGCAGCCCUUGGUGUCUCUCGUUCCACUUCUAACGCCAGUUCAGAGAAAUCCCGUUUGCUUGCCAACAGAAAUGUCCUUUCUACCUUCUCAAACGCCACCACAAGCUCUGAGGCAGUCAUCAAUAAGAAAGGGGUGGGAAAUGGAACCAAAAAGAUGAUCAGCCAAAGCCUAACCAUCAAAUCCUCCCAACUGGCUACCACCAUAAAGCCAGUGCCGAGGAAGGGAGCAAAUUCAUCUGUCGGUCUCCAUCCGGUGACCCCCAAACCCAAGCUGGAGGGUGUGACCAAGAGUCCUGUAUCAAAGAAGUUAAUGACUAUAGUGCCGCUGAAGAAACCAGAUCCUACCAUGGCUGCUGUCCCGUUUACCAAACCGACUCUUGGAGCUGUUUAUCCUGUUCUCAGAAGAAAUGCGCUGAACGUUAAUUUAACAACUCCGUCUGCCACCGAUGGGUACCAGCUGUUUGAUCCGAUUGGGCCCACACUCUUUCCAUUUGUUCUGGGGCUUCCCGGACCGAAAGGGGACCAAGGUCUUCCGGGCCCGCCAGGUCUGCCCGGUUUACCAGGACCACCAGGCAAGAGAGGCCCACGGGGUCCUUCAGGCCCCCAUGGGAAUCCUGGACGGCCUGGUCCACCUGGCUUGAAGGGCCAAAAAGGUGAUCCUGGAUUAUCGCCUGGAAAAGCUCGGAAUGGUCAGAAGGGUUACAGUGGUUUGCCUGGAUUGACAGGGCUUUCCGGACCAUCUGGUAGAAAGGGACAAAAAGGAUAUCUUGGUCCGUCAGGUCAUCCUGGAGACCAGGGUGAACGAGGACCCGAUGGAAACCCAGGUGCCAAAGGUUAUCCUGGCAGGCAGGGUCUACCUGGACCGAUAGGGGAACCUGGUCCAAAGGGAAGCCGGGGCUACAUCGGCUCGCCGGGAUUAUUUGGGCUGCCAGGAGCCGACGGAGAACGAGGGGUCCCCGGAGUUCCUGGGAAGAGGGGCAAGAUGGGUAGGCCGGGCUUUCCUGGUGAUUUUGGAGAACGCGGACCUCCAGGCUUCGAUGGCAAUCCAGGAGACGUGGGAGCCCUGGGUCCUCCUGGAGUUCACGGACUCAUUGGCGAUAUGGGUGCUGUUGGGCCGAUCGGCUUUCCAGGACCAAAAGGACUGAAGGGGCUGAUGGGAAAUCCUGGAGAACAUGGACUGAAAGGUGAUAAGGGUGAUCAGGGAGUGCCGGGUGUCCCAGGAGAUGUUGGAUUCCAAGGGGACAAGGGUAGCCAAGGUAUUCCGGGGAUGUCAGGCGCCCGAGGAAAGCCAGGAUCAGCUGGAAAAGUCGGUGAUAAAGGCCCCGUUGGAAUUCCAGGAUCAUCUGGUCCUGAGGGCUUUCCAGGUGACAUUGGCCCACCAGGACAAAACGGCCCCGAAGGCGUUAAGGGAAAACCAGGAGCGCGGGGAUUACCUGGCCCCACAGGACAAGCUGGCCAAGAGGGCGAUGAAGGGCCCGUGGGGCCACCCGGCAUCCCAGGGACAGAGGGUCCACUCGGCCGGAAGGGAUUUCCAGGCAAACCAGGUCCGGAUGGCUUAAAGGGUGAAUCAGGGAAUCCAGGCCGCCCGGGAAAAGUUGGUGACCAGGGUAUGAUGGGCUUCAUUGGUCCAGUAGGGGAACCCGGAAUCGUCGGGGAGAAGGGGGACCGGGGUACAGUAGGACCUCCGGGACCACCAGGCAUCAAGGGGUCAGCGGGACAUCCUGGAAUUCCAGGAGGCGUUGGAGAGCCAGGGCCCCCAGGACAACCAGGUCUUGCUGGAGUUCGUGGGUCCCCAGGAACAAGAGGCCCAAAAGGUCGCCGGGGUGCUCGAGGUUCUGAUGGGCUGGUGGGCGAAGCAGGGUUACGAGGUGCCAAGGGCCUUCCAGGGAAUCCAGGCAAAGAAGGACCACAUGGGCAGCAGGGAAAGAUCGGAGAGACGGGAGAGGCAGGGUCUCGGGGCUUCCCGGGCAUCCAAGGACCUUCUGGACCCCAAGGAGCAAAAGGACCUCUGGGAGACCCGGGACCUCAAGGCGCACAAGGUCUACCAGGGUCUUUGGGAGAAAUUGGACAUAAGGGACCGCCUGGCUCAGUGGGGCAGCAUGGCCUUCCAGGUGAACCGGGCAUGAAGGGUGACCUUGGGCCAUUUGGGGAUCCUGGAGAACAAGGCCUCAUUGGCCAGCGGGGCGAUGCAGGCCUGGAGGGUGACAGCGGCCCACCUGGACCAGACGGGCUGAAGGGAGACAAAGGAGAACCAGGCCCAGAAGGGGGGAAAGGAGACAAGGGGCAGGAAGGCAUCAAAGGAAAAGAAGGACCGCCCGGCUAUCCUGGAAUCACAGGUGUCCGAGGACCAGAAGGAAAACCAGGCCUGCAAGGAGAAAAAGGGAAAACUGGACUUAAGGGCAGCAAAGGGCAUCAGGGGCAACUUGGAGAGACCGGCCCACCUGGGAAGACAGGAUCCAAAGGGAAUCAAGGCCCGAAAGGAUCCAGAGGUACCCUAGGAGCUAUGGGUGCUCCGGGCCGAAUGGGUGUCCAUGGAGAGCCUGGCUUAAAGGGCUAUCAGGGGCAUACGGGAUCGCCAGGCCCAAUCGGACCACCUGGACCCCAAGGUGAAAAGGGAGAACAAGGUGAUGAUGGGAAGAAAGAGGGGCCACCCGGACCACCCGGAGACAGAGGUCCCGUUGGCGACAGAGGUGAUCGCGGUGAGCCCGGAGACGCUGGUUAUCCUGGCCAAGAAGGCCUCGACGGAGAAAGAGGAAAACCUGGGCAGGAAGGCUUACCCGGACAUCCCGGUCCACCAGGCCAACCAGGACCGAAAGGAUCCAAAGGCAAUCUGGGUCAGAAAGGAAAACCAGGGCUGCAGGGGGCCCGAGGCAGCCGAGGCUCACCGGGUCUUGUUGGCUUACCAGGUCCUAGAGGGGUCAUCGGCCGUCAGGGCCAAGAGGGGGCCCCUGGAGUCGACGGGAUUCCUGGGAAAGAUGGCAGCAUGGGGCAAAAGGGAGAACAAGGCGAGGAUGGAGACGAAGGCACACCGGGAAUGUCGGGGAGAAGAGGGACCCCCGGUGUCCUUGGUCUUCCAGGGGCUCAAGGCCCCCCAGGUUUCAAGGGAGAAAGGGGGCUGGCUGGACAGGCUGGCCCCUUGGGGAAACGGGGCCCCCAAGGGGGAAUGGGUCUUCCUGGAAACCCCGGUGAGCCUGGAUCGAAGGGACAGCCGGGAGACUUUGGCGAAUCAGGAUUUCCAGGCAUUGCUGGGCUCUUUGGGCCAAAGGGACCUCCUGGAGAUCUCGGGUUCAAAGGAAUCCAGGGCCCGAAAGGUCCACAAGGGCUCAUGGGGAAAGAAGGCGUCAUUGGCCCGCUUGGAAUUCUGGGUCCAACAGGAAGCCCUGGCCCCAAAGGAGACAAAGGCAGCCGGGGAGACACGGGAUUGCAAGGUCCAAAGGGUCCCCCAGGGCCUCGCGGGCCCCCUGGACCCCCGGGUCCGCCAGGAAUCCCGGCUACAUUUCCGCAAGAUGGCUUUGGAGCUGCUUUCCAAACAGCGAUGAGUACCAGCGAUAUGUUCAAGUCUGAGAGCUAUCCACAUCCAGACCUUCCCGUGAUGGACCAGGGAGGGGAGAUCUUUAAGACCCUGCACUACCUCAGCACCCUCAUCCAGAGCAUCAAGAGACCCCUGGGAAGCAAGGAGAACCCCGCCCGCAUCUGUAGAGACCUCAUGGACUGUGAACAGAAGAUGCGGGACGGCACCUACUGGAUUGAUCCCAAUCUUGGCUGUUCUUCAGAUAGCAUCCAAGUCACCUGUAACUUCACCCAAGGGGGGCAGACAUGCCUCAGUCCCAUCACUGCCUCCAAGCUGGACUUCGAUGUCGGAAGAGUGCAGAUGAAUUUCCUUCACCUCCUGAGCUCCGAGGUCGUUCAGAAUAUCACCGUCCACUGCUUGGACACACCGGUGUGGCAGGAAGGACCGUCGGAGGCGGCUGUGCGUUUCAAGGCCUGGAACGGACAGAUGUUUGAAUCGGGAGGGCAGCUCAGCCCCGACGUGAUUAAAGACGACUGUCAGAUUCAAGAUGGACAGUGGCACCGGACUGUCUUUACGUUCCGGACCCAGGACCUUCACCAGCUGCCGAUUGUCGACGUUUAUAACCUUCCUCCAUCCGAGCCAGGGAAGCAAAAUCUCCUCGAGGUCGGACCCGUGUGUUUUCUCUAAACGGUGGCCUCCGUAGUGCUUCGAGCUUUGGCUUUUUAUCUUCUUUUUUUAUUUUUAAUUUUAUUUCGGAGAUGCUGCAUCUUUGAGCAGGACUCAGCUGCCACCCAUACCUCCACAAGCCUAGAGGGGUUGGC